AUGCCUCCCAUGAUGACCGACCAAUUCACCGAGGCCCUCCCGCGCCGGCGAACUGUUGAUUUCCUGGACCCCGUGAACGCUUUCCCGGCGCAUUCCAAUGGUAUCAAUGGAAACGGACCUGUGGACGAUAUCUCCGACUGCGCCUCCUCCGUCUCUGCAGAAUCACAAGCGGAAAAGCCCAAGCGACCGACAAUGACGCGCAAGGCCUCUUCGCCGAUGGCGCCUACCUUCAUGGUGUCGGCACCGGGCAAGGUCAUUGUGUUUGGUGAACACGCCGUUGUCCAUGGCAAGGCGGCCAUGGCGGCCGCCAUCUCCCUCCGCUCCUACCUCCUCGUCACCACCCUCUCCAAAUCACAACGCACAAUCACCUUGAACUUCCGAGACCUGGGACUCAGUCACACCUGGAACAUUGAUACCUUACCAUGGGAGAAAUUCCACCAGCCCUCCAAAAAGAAGUUUUACUACAGUCUCGUCACCGAGCUCGACCCUGAGCUGGUGGAGGCAAUCGAACCACACCUCCAGGACGUCUCUAAGGGUCUCGGUCUCCCUGAAGAGCAACGCAAAAUCCACAUCCGCUCCGCCUCCUCAUUCCUCUACCUCUUCCUCUCCCUCGGUUCCCCUGAAAGCCCCGGCGCUAUAUAUACACUCCGAUCAACCAUCCCAACCGGCGCGGGCCUAGGCAGCAGCGCCAGUGUCUGCGUCUGCCUCAGUGCAGCCCUCCUUCUUCAAAUCCGCACCCUUUCCGGCCCUCACCCCGACCAGCCCCCCGAGGAGGCCGAAACACAAAUCGAGCGCAUCAACCGUUGGGCGUUUGUGGGAGAACUUUGCAUCCAUGGCAACCCCAGUGGUGUGGAUAACACGGUGGCCGCAGGCGGCAAGGCCGUGAUCUUCCGCCGCGACGACUACACAAAGCCUCCGACGGUCCUUCCUUUGACCACUUUCCCCGAGCUACCCCUCCUCCUCGUGAACACCCAACAAGCGCGAUCAACAAAGACCGAAGUGGAGAAAGUCGCCAAGCUUCGAACGGCCCACCCCAUCGUGACCGAGUCCAUUCUGAAUGCCAUCGACGAAGUGACUUGCUCUGCCCAGCGCCUGAUCCAAGAUCCCGACUUCCAGGGUAUCUCCGAAGCUACACUGGGCCAUUUUGGCGACCUUAUCCGCAUCAAUCACGGUUUCCUCGUCUCACUCGGCGUUUCACACCCUCGUCUCGAACGUAUCCGGGAACUCGUCGAUUACGCGGAUAUUGGCUGGACCAAGUUGACUGGAGCAGGAGGUGGUGGAUGCGCAAUCACGCUUCUCCGCCCCAACGGCAAUUCCAGCGUCAAGCGGGACCUCGAAGAAAAAUUCGACGAGGAAGGUUUCACCAAGUACGAGGUCACUCUUGGUGGUGAUGGUGUCGGUGUCCUGUGGCCUGCUAUUGUUCGUAAUGGCACGGACGAAGAGGGCGGCGAGGAGAUCGAUCAGCAGAAGUUCGAAGAAGCCGAGGGCCCUGAGGGCAUCGAACGCCUUGUUGGAGUCGGCCUUGAAGAAAGGAGAGAAGGUUGGAAGUUUUGGAAGCGAGCCACUUCGCCUUGA